CUGGGCCAGCUCAGGUGUGUAUGUGUCCGUGAGUGUGUGCGUGUGUGUGCGUGUGCAUGUGUGUGUGUGUGUGUGUGUGUGUGUGUGUGUGAGUGCCAGUGGCUCCAGUCCCUGACCAAGCCCACCCCCUCCUCCUGGGCCCUAUAUUCCCACCAUGUGUAGCCCUCUCAUCUGCCCUGGAGCCUGUACAGCCACGCCACGCCGCCGUCCCCGAGAGCUCUAGAGAGCUGGUCACUAACUUUGCAGACGGAUGAGCUCCCAGCAGCCAGAGGAGACCGGGGCUGUCAACGCUGCCCCCUGUCCUGCGAGCUCAGACCCCCUCGCAGGGUCUUCCUAGGCUCUGGACUGGAACCCUGACCAUGGGACCUUGAAGUGGCUCUCACCUCCUCAGCUCAGUGGCAGACCCCACGCCCCCAGGCCCUUCCUGCCCCUCCCACAACCAGCUUGGAGGCUCCCGGAGGGAGGGGUGGGGAGGGGAUCCUGAUCUCGCCGGGCAGGGGGCCUCCAUCAUGAUGCUCAACUCAGACGCGGUGGACCUCGACCUGCCUCCCACCCACUCCGAGACCGAGUCGGGCUUCAGCGACUGUGGGGGCGGGGCGGGCCCCGACGGGGCGGGGCCUGGGGGUCCCGGAGGGGGCCAGGCCCGGGGCCUGGAGCCCGGAGAGCCCGGCCGGAAAGACCUCCAGCACCUGAGCCGGGAGGAGCGGCGGCGGCGGCGCCGGGCCACGGCCAAGUACCGCACGGCCCACGCCACGCGGGAGCGAAUCCGCGUGGAAGCCUUCAACCUGGCCUUCGCCGAGCUGCGCAAGCUGCUGCCCACGCUGCCCCCCGACAAGAAGCUGUCCAAGAUCGAGAUCCUGCGUCUGGCCAUCUGCUACAUCUCCUACCUGAACCACGUGCUGGACGUCUGAUGGGGCUGCCUCGGCCUGGCUGGGGUCCCCCCCUCCCCCCCAGCUCCCCGCAGGGCCCCCGGGGCGGGGGGGGGAGGGGCAGGGAGGCAGGGUGCCCUCGGGCUGGGUGGCUGGGGCUGGCUGGCAGGCUGGCGGGGGGCCACCUUCUCCUGCCGACCUCCCCCCCCCCCAGGGCGAUUCUCGUGCGCCUCCCACGGCUUGUGGUUGGGGCCCAGCCGGUCAGAAACGUUCGCCAGGGUGUUCGGUACACAGUCCUUGGCUGGCUUUCCUAGGCGGCCGCCCUUGGCCGCUCCCCCCUAGCUCUCCCCUGGGCCGCUGCCUCUUCCUCACACCGUCCGCUUGCCUGUCCCUCCCCUUGUUUCUGCCCCGCUUCCUCCGCUCUUCCAGGGCCACUCUUACGACCACAUUUCUGGAGACCCCAGACCCCGUCUCUGUCUCCCAUCCCCUUUCCAGCCUCGCCUGCCCUGGGGUGGGGAGGGGGCACCCAUACAGGAAGGGGGAAGGCUGGGCUCCGAGUGGGGUGGGCUUCUACCCCAGAGAUCUCAGCCCGGGGGACGCUGGGCCUCCGGAGAUACUCCUGCCCGGGGAAUCUUGGCCGCCGAGAAUGAUGGGAAAACUCUCUUGCCCCUGAGGCUUAGCACAUGCAGACCUCGGAUCUGACUCGGUAGUGAGUGCCUUGCCCUCUCUGAGCUAUUUGGCCCCCUCCCUGCCCCCUCCCGCCCACCGUCCCAAUUUUCUCCCUCCCUGCGUGCAGCUGGAGAAAGGGAGACCCGGAUCCUGGAGGAGGGGCUGAACCCCCAGAAUCAGCAGAGGGCGGGGGGGGGGGGGGGGUGAGCCAGAUCCACAUCUGCUUCCUCCACCCCAGCACGCUGGGAAAAUGUGAAAACCCACAGCGCUUCCUGCCUCAGAUGCAGGGGGGGUUGGGGGGGAGGGAAUGUUCUAUUACUGCCCUCCGGAAAUGCUCUGCCGUCUGGGACCUAGGGCCAGUUCGUUAUAUAUAUUUUUUUCUCCUCCCUUAAGCUUGCCUUCGGCAAGGGAAGACACCCCCUCCCCAUCCUGCUCCACCCACCCCCAGCAGGCUCUCCGCACCCCCUCGCACCCCCUCCAGUGUUACUGAGUGCCGCCCAGGGUCGGAAUGAAGGGCCAGAGGGCCCGAGUAGAAGUGAGCUCACUGCCUUUCCCGUGCUCCCUCCUCCCCCACACCAGACUCCGUGCUCUACAAGGAUAUUAUUUAUUUACGUAUUUAUUUAUUUAUUCAUCUAUUUAUUUACUUAUUUAUUUAUAAAUAUUACUAUUUAUUGCCGAGUUGUGCACUUUGGGGUAGAGUGAGGGGGCUCCUGGCAGCCCCGGCCGGGUCUCUCUUGCUUCCUCCCUGGUUACUCCUUCCCCUUUGUUCCUCCUCUGCAACCCCAGGUGUGUAUGGGCAUCCUGUCUGCUCACCCCACCCAUAUCCCUUCCUCAGAUCCAUCUGUCCAGACACCCCAGUCCUCUGGGAUGGUGCCCUUCCCCCAGCUCCAGGGCUCCUGGACCCUUCCAUAGUUCCCUCCACCCCCGGACAGUCCCGCCCCAGUCCUGCCUGCCUCUCUUCUCCCUCUAGCCCUCUCCCAUGACCCUUCACUUCUUCCUGAUCCCCUCCAACAACGGGCCCCCAGGGUCUGUGUCCUGCAUCCUGUGCGUGAUCCCCUCCCGUUGCAUUUGUGAUUUCAUGCGAAGAGAAAAAUUAAAGUGACCUCGUUCCAGCA